CCAAUAUCUUUAUAUAAACCCGUUGCUGAACCCCACAAUAUUCAACUACAAUCCAGCCUCCCAAGUUUGAAAUUUACUUGUGCCUGGAAAGAAAUAGACGAGUGGAAGAACGGAGAUUAAUAGAUAAUAAAUAGAAAUGGCCGCAACCAACUCUAAGCUGCUCCUCGCAGACAUUGCGUCCGGUAUCAAAAAUGUGCCUUCUAACUAUGUCCGACCCAUUUCCGACCGUCCAAAUCUGUCCGCUGUUAAUUCCUCAGACGUCCCCAUUCCUCUUAUUGAUCUCCAAGGCCUCCACGGCCCCGACCACUCUCUUAUUAUCCAACAGAUUGGACAAGCCUGCCAGUUUGAUGGUUUCUUCCAGGUUAAAAACCACGGAAUAGCAGAGUCAACGAUCAAUAACAUGUUAAGAAUAGCAGGGGAGUUUUUCAGACUGCCAGAGGAGGAGAGGCUGAAGAAGUACUCGGACGACCCUUCAAAAACGACGAGGCUGUCGACCAGCUUCAACGUGAAGAGGGAGAAAGUGUCAAACUGGAGGGACUUUCUGAGACUCUACUGCUACCCUGUGGAGGAGUACGCGAAGGAAUGGCCUGAAAAUCCUCCAUGUUUUAGGGAAGUUGUAAGCGAGUACUGCAGCAGUGUGAGAGAGCUGGUGCUGAGACUUCUGGAGGCCAUAUCCGAGAGCUUAGGCCUUAAACAACAUACUAUUAUUGCAGACUCACUAGGGAGGCAUGGCCAACAUAUGGCUCUCAAUUACUAUCCUCCCUGUCCCCAGCCAGAGCUUACUUAUGGACUGCCUGGCCAUACCGACCCCAAUUUGAUUACCAUUCUCCUUCAGGAUGACGUUCCCGGAUUGCAGGUCCUUAGACAUGGCAAGUGGCUGCCUGUUAAUCCCAUCCCAAACACUUUUAUUGUCAACAUCGGUGAUCAGAUGCAGGUGCUUAGCAACGAUCGCUAUAAAAGUGUUCUCCACCGAGCAGUUGUUAACAGCGACAGGGCGCGUAUAUCCAUUCCAACCUUCUACUGUCCAUCACAAGAAGCAGUGAUUGGGCCUGCCCAGGAUUUGAUCGAUCCUGACCAUCCCCCGGUUUACAGGAGCUUUACUUACGCUGAAUACUACCACAAAUUCUGGGACAGAGGGCUUGCAACUGAGUGCUGCUUAGAUAUGUUCAAAACCGCCUCAUCCUCAUCCUAAAUUCCUCAUCCUGUGCAAUUUUAAAUAUUAAUAAAAUAAUAGAUGAACUCUUUUUGAGUUUCUUAUUUCUUCUACACUAACAAACUGUCGGGUAUUUGAAAAUUUCUAAAUCUCACAAGAUACAACGGUGAAUUUCCUGUUAGACCUUCA